GAGACCAGAUAAAGUGGAUGCAGGGUCCGGGGAGACCAGAUAAAGUGAAUGCAGGGUCCUGGGAGACCAGAUAUAGUGAAUGCAGGGUCCUGGGAGACCAGAUAUAGUGAAUGCAGGGUCCUGGGAGACCAGAUAUUGUGGAUGGAGGGUCCUGGGAGACCAGAUAUUGUGAAUGCAGGGUCCUGGGAGACCAGAUAUAGUGGAUGCAGGGUCCUGGGAGACCAGAUAUAGUGGAUGCAGGGUCCUGGGAGACCAGAUAUAGUGGAUGCAGGGUCCUGGGUUUAGUAACACUUUACAGAAAAUAAAUGAAA